AUGUCGUCGAGAAUGCAGCACCCCGAGGGCACAGCGUCUUCCUUCGAUCAGCAGAGGGCGGGAAUGAAACGCGAAGUCCCACGCGAUUCUAGGACAAGGUCCCCCAGCCCCAAGCGCCCCUGUGACUCGUCUGCCAAGGUUGGAGCCAGAGAACCUGAUGGCGCUGAGAGCAGCGGUGUCUACAGUGAGGAACAUGCAGGCCAGGAAGCAGGCCAGGCGAAAGUAGGUCAGGAGGAUUCUGAAUCUGGUACAACGUCCGAGUGGCCCAUCCCCGACGAAAAAUUCCGGGCGAGAGUGUAUGAUGAAUGGCAUCUGCGGCUUCACCGUCCAGAUACUAUUUACCACGGGCCUUGGUUCGAUUUGAGAGCAAGUAUAGCUAAGUUUGCACACGACAACUUUCCACCCUCGUAUUUGUGGAAGGAUCUCUCCAAAGAGAAUCAAGCAGAAAUCGAGGUUUGGGCGUCUCAUGCCCAGGAGUGGAUGGAGUCAAGCGAAAGAUUGAGGUCAAAUCUCUUCUUUGAGGCAUGGAUCUUUCGGCUUCUCUACGACCAUCUUUUCUCGCCUGAAUGCCAGGACAAGUGGUCGUGCGAAAUGUGGAAGUCAUACGGCCAGCUGCAAUGCUCCUUGGGAGGUCAUCUCGACGGCCCCGACAGCGAAGACGGUAUGGACAGCUUCUUCAAUAUCUGCUUUCACAAUUGGCGCUCGAUGUCAGCAGAAAUGAUCCUCCAUGUCACGGGACGAAGAUGGCACACGGAGCCUUCCCGGCUCAAGGAUAUCCUGGUCGAGCGCCUUGGGCCUCUCAUCUCGGAUCCUCGCCAGCCAUUUCCCAAAAAGCUAGAUGAGAAUCUGUAUGAACUAGUUCACUUCGCCAUUGAACUAGAUCUUUUGAUGAUCUACUCGACCCUUUGGCUCAAGCUGGAGAUGAAGGUACCCAAUACGGGUGUGAUCAAAGAUUUUGCCUACGAUUACAAGGACAUCGCCACACAUGGUCGCUUCUAUAGCCCCAGCAAAGCAGCCAACUCUAUAACCCAAAAGGUUGAUUUCAUCUCCCAGCCAUCGUUUGCCAUUUUUGGCAAGACUUUUACCCGCAUGGAGUCCGAUGAGCAUUGGAAAGCAGUUCUAAGCUUUGGUAAUAAGUUCAAUGUGGAAGCACAAGGCCCAGACCCAGUCGAGCUCGCGAUCAAUGGCGGUGAAGAUCAAGGAUUUGCAUCAGCGGCUGCAACACUCCAGGACACAGACGCCAAAAGCGUGGAGAAUUAG